UAAUGUUGAACCAUGUAAAAAAAAAUCUAAUAACAUUAAUUUAUAUAAUUUAAUAAUAAUUAAUAUCUAAUAUUAUUUUAGCAUACAAAAAAGAGCCUAAUCCAGUAAAAAGCUAUCUGGUAACAAAAAAAAUUGAAUCACCUCCUUACACUGGUCCAGAUCCAGUCAACAUAAAAAUUUUAUUAUUUAUAAAUUAUCGAGUUGAAUACGUCUCAGAAACAGAUCUUCGUCUGUAUAAAUUAUUGGUUUAUCUUGUUUCAUUUUGGAAUGCAGUUAAUUUAAAAUUCAAUGAUUUUAUUAAUCCAGCAAUAAAAUUUCACAUCUCUGGUGUUGUUAUUGGAAAUAAUAAAUGGGCUGCACCGUAUCUUCAAGAUUCAUUUGAACCAAAUGGUAAAUAUGUCAACAGUGAUAUAGCAUUACGUGAAUUUAAAUAUUUUUUGAGUCAAAAAAAUCAACAAAAAAUGUUCAAUUCAACAUGGGACAUUGCCAUUACUCAGACAGAUCUAGAAUUAUGUCAACCAGAUUCUUGUAAUAAUGCCUCCAGUUCUGGACGAGCAUUUAUUGGUCAAACAUGUAACAAUGACAAGUCAACUGAAAGUCCAAUAGCAAUUAUUUAUGAUGCAAAUGAUUUUUAUGGAAUUCUAGUUGCUGCUCAUGAAACAGCACACAUUUUAGGAGCAGUUGAUGAUGGUCAAAUAACUAUUAGAAAUACAUCAUGUACACCUGAUGGUUCUAUCAUGAACCCAAAUACUGAGCACAUGUAUGGACCAAACAGUGACACAUGGUCAUCUUGCAGUGUUGAUGAAAUAUUAACAAUACUCAAAAAUAAACAGUAUGGAUGUUGGUUGAAUAAUUCAUUAUUGGAUAAUCAACCAAGUAUAAAUAUAGUACCACAUAUUUUACCUGGACAUAUGGUUAGUCUUUCGGAUCAGUGUAAAUCACGUAAAUUUACUGAUACAUGUGAUGAAAGUAAAACAACAUGUGAGGUACUUUAUUGCUGGGAGAGCUCAUUUCCCAUACCAGAUUUUUUAAGAAAUUGUAAAGAUUCUGGUGCACCACUUGGUGGUACAUAUUGUGGUGCUGGUAAACAUUGCAUCAAUCAAAAAUGCAUGCCAAUUGAUAAAAACAUGUUAUAAAUAUUUGUUUAAACUCAAUAAAAAAAAAUAUCAAUCAGAAAAUAAAUAUAAUAAUAAUAAAGCUGUAAACAGCGCCAUUUUAUAUGUACUAUCAAUGAAAACAAAAUAAUAAUAAUCUAAGU